GUAAUUAAUUCAUUAUUUUGAGAAGGUUUCUCAUUAUAAUGACCUACUGGAUCUUUUUUUAAUCACAUUAGCCGAAAUGGGCUUCCACAAUAAUUGAUACCACUCUUACAUCUAACAGGUAAAUAUGUAGCUGGAGCCAGCAGCCGGUUAGCUUAGCUUAGCUUAGGUAACAAGCUCUGUCUAUAGCUAACACGUUACAUCUUGUUUGUUUAAUCCAUACAAAAACUAAAGUGUAAAAACGACGAUGUGGUUUUAAAGGGCAUUUUAUGUACCACUUUUUCUUGGCCAGACGCUGUUAAAGUUAUAGUGCAUAGUUUCUGUUGCCCCCAUGAGGAACUCUAAGUAAGGACAACAACACUGUCGGCGCAUCCACAUGAUGCAUGCCUUCGGUGAUCGCCCCCAUCCCGCCCCCAUCCCGCCCCUCCUCCACGCAGUUGCUAGUAGCGUUUAACCCGUCAAAUCAAGAAGAACACGGAGGAUUUAAAAAACACAUGAUGGACUCUUCAGUAGAGGUAAUUGUCUGAACGGUGACGUAUAACGCAUCACUCUCGGACAACACCAUCUUGUAAACAUAGCCAUACUGAGAAAUAGUUUUGUGGAGCUGAUAGCUUAAUUAGCUUUGUAUCAACUCAUAUGGCAAUGGCUUGAAUGUAAUUUGACGUUCACAAACCGAAACAAAAUGUGUGUUUUAGAGAUGCUGAUAGGUGAAUUUUGUUACCUUCUGACAGAAAUAGGCUGUUUUCACCUGUUUCCACUCUGUGUGCUAGGCUAAGCUAACUGCUGGCUGAAGCUUCAUGUUUACCUUGCAGACCUCAGAGUGGUGUCACUGCUCUUAUCUGUCAGCAAGAAAGCAAAUAAGCGUGGUUUCCUUUCAGAACAACUUCCUGUUACUCAGUUACAAUCUGCACAGCUCAUAUAUCUCCUUGGCUACAAUAUUACAUGGUUACUGAUCAAACAAUCAAGUGAUGGCAGGUAAAUGUUGUAUGAAAAGACUGAGCAGCCUGAAUAUUUUAGGGGUGGCAGUAGCUCCGUCCAUAGGGAGUUGGGUCGGGAACCGGAGGGUCACAGGUUCAAGUCCCUUUACAAAGUGUGGACUGGUAGCUGGAGAGGUGCCAGUUCACCUCCUGGGCACUGCAAUGGUGCUCUUGAGCAAGGCUCCGAACUUUUCUCAAUUGCUUGGGGCGCCUGUCCAGCAGUCGCAGCCCCCUCACUCUGACAUCUCUACAUUGGUGCAUGCAUGCUCAGGUAUAUACAUUAUAUAAAUUAUUAUUGUACUUUCAAAUCUCAAUGAAAACAGCCUAGUAAUGGAGUUUUGAGUCAUAUCAGUCUAAGAGAUGAUGGUUGAUCAACCGUCAGUGAUGGCGUGACAGAUAAAGCGCUGAUGAAGCACACAAGUUGGAUCAGCUAGUUAAGCAUCCUUGGGCUCAUGUGCCUCCUGUGUUUUUUGUCAGUGGUUCCGAUUAGACAGCUCUUUGGGCCUGACGUCAACACUCAGUGUUGUGUUUAGACUUCUAACUGCUCCUGCUGUUAACCCCUGAAGGAUCUGGGAUAUGUCUGCCUCUGUCUCUCUGCCCUUUAAAGGUUGCGUUCAUUGUAAGCAAGCACUGGGAGAAAAAAAAAAUCACAUUCUUCUGGGAACUCAAAGGGUUAUGGUUCCCAGUCAUGUUUCAUAGGAAUCCGCCUAUUUAUACUUGGAAGAUUUGUCAUCAAGAUGUGAGAUAGUUUCAGUCUAACAUCUUUCACCGUUUGACAUCCUUAAGUUGAGGUUCACAAGAAGGCUGAGGGUUGUUAUGGAGAAGAUGGCUGAUCUAGGUUUGGGCAUCAGUCGAGUCACAGCGCUGUCAUUGGACAGAGAGCUGCGGCCAGAGGAAAUGGAUGAGUUGCGGGAUGCUUUCAAAGAGUUUGACAAGAACAAGGACGGUUUCAUCAGCUGUAAAGACCUAGGGAACUGUAUGAGAACCAUGGGAUACAUGCCCACUGAAAUGGAGCUGAUUGAACUGAGUCAACAGAUAAACAUGAACUUGGGAGGUCAUGUUGAUUUUGAGGACUUUGUAGAGCUGAUGGGCCCAAAACUCCUCGCCGAAACUGCAGACAUGAUUGGAAUAAAAGAGUUAAAAGACGCGUUUAGAGAGUUUGACACUAAUGGUGACGGGGCCAUAAGCACAUCUGAGCUCCGAGAUGCAAUGAGGAAGUUGUUGGGCCAACAGGUGGGUUUAAACGAAGUAGAAGAUAUCCUGAGGGAUGUUGACCUGAAUGGUGACGGGCUUGUUGACUUCGAAGAGUUUGUACGAAUGAUGUCUCGCUAAGAUCAUAAAAUGAUCGGUCCUGAAUGUGAAGCUGUGUCCUUCUCUAUACUUGACCAAGUACACCAGAGGACAUGCUAAGAUCUCUGAGCCAUCCUAAUCUGAAUGACACUGGAAUUAAAACUCCUUGAAUGUUACGGAGCGAGGAGUCACCUCACACUUUCAAUCAAUAAGUGUUCUUCCUGAAGAGUCUCAAGUUCAACUGAGGCGGAAUUUGCUGUAGCCUAGCCUAUGAUUGUCCAACUUGUGUUUUUGCACUUCAAUUUUCACUAAAUAACUUCCUGUGUCGAUAGAUUGCUGGUGUCUUGUCUCGUCUUCUACGUGGUAAAAAAAAGAAAUCCCUCAUUGAUGUACAACAAAAUCAGGAUGUAAAAGAUCACGGCACUGUUGAACAUUUCGGUACGUUUUCACACAGUAUGUGUUAUAUUAGAGAUAGUGGAGUGGAAUGUCUUUUGUGUGACAUUGGUGCUCCAACCAGGAACCCAUGUGGCAAUAUAACACCUGUAUUGUAACUGUGUGACCAUCUGUGGUUUUUCACCGUGCCAGUCGAGUCCUAGCCUAUAAAAGCAUCACUAUAUGACAACUACAUGCAACGAAGAAGCAGAUCUCUGAUAUUAAUGAGAAUAAUGAGAAACAGAACUCAGAAUAUGUCACUGUUUUUCGCUAUAGUCUUAGAUCAAGACUAUUUUCAAAGAUGCACAGCUCUGGUUGGCAGCAUCAUAUGUCUUUUAAUGCUCACAAGUUUGAAUUCCUAAAAUCUAGCUUUGGGAACAAGUAAUGUCUGUUUUUAAAAGUCCAUAUUGCCCUGUCUGCAAUCAUACAGUAGGAAUUACAUAUGUGAACUGUGUUUACAGUGGAUGUGAUUAUGUUGUACCUUUAACUGUAUGUCAGUGUCAAUAUGAUUGUAGUUGUGGUAACGUUCCACACAUCUGUGUUGUCAAAGCAAUUUUUAUGCAUGCCAAAGAGAGAAAUUUAUUAAAUUCAGUAUGCACAUUUGCAUUUUUGUCUAACAAAGUAAACAAAAUAUUUCGCCAAGUUAACUGUAUAAAAAUUUUAAA